UUCCAGUAUUUUUCUGGUGCAGUGUUUUAGUCUGCAAAUAUUUUAGGUGGUGUACUGUUCUAAGGUUUUUCUUCCUUUGUGUACUGUGCCAUGGUGCGGCGGAACAAGCUAAGAGGUGUCAGGCAAAGGCACUGGGGAUCUUGGGUUUCCGAGAUUCGCCAUCCGCUUCUGAAGAGGAGACUAUGGCUUGGGACGUUCGAAAGUGCUGAAAAAGCUGCUAAGGCUUACGACGAAGCUGCAUUGCUAAUCAAUGGACCAAACGCUAAGACCAACUUCCCUGUCAACAACAGUCAGAAGACAAAAGAUGAUCCUGGCAGCAAGUAUGCACUGCCAUUUACUAAAGAUCGUCUCUGCAACACCAGCAGCCUUGCUUCAAAGCUCGCCAGGUAUGGCCGACAAGCAUCACCAUCGCUCACAUGCCUCCGGCUCGACCCAGAUGCCCUGAACAUUGGUCUCUGGAGCAAGGGCGCUGGCAGCAGCUCAGAAUCGAACUGGGUUAUGAGAGUGGAACUAGGGACAUUGCAGACCAGCACACUGCCAACACCAUCGUCGUCAACAUCAUCGUCAUCAUCACAAAAAGGAACAAAUAAGGGGUGGGAGGAUGAAGAAUCAAUAGCAUUGCAGAUGGUGGAGGAGCUCAUGAGUGAAGAGUUCACUAUGAACUUCGAGAACCCAAUAGACCCACUUGAGUUGAAGGAGCACAUGAAUGAAAAAUUCCCUCUGAAUUUAGAGAACCCAUUGAACCCACGUGAGUUGGAAAAGUACAUGAGUGAAGAAUUCCCUCUGGAUUUGAAGAAUCAGCUGGGCUCAUCUGAGUCUCAGGUAGCUGAGGUUGGGCCCAAUGGUGUGCCUUGAUCGGUUUGCCUGUUUCUUUCAUUCAAACCCACUUGCCUUGUCUGUGUGGUGUUCCAGAAUUUCAAAAUCGCUACCUGCAGAAAUUUAAUGGGCCCUCCACUUUAGGCCGUAGAACCGUUUACUCCCAUACAUGUCUGUGUAAGAUGUCAUAUAAUCCGUGUUAACAUAAAUUUAAUGAUAUUCUAGGGUCACAGUGAAUCUGCCUGGUAAUGUUAAUAGGCCCCCGCUUCCUAGAUAAAGAGCUUCUCCUAUACUGUAUGAUGUGGCUACUGCUCCCAUAAAUUUGAUAAUCUUAUUUUACUGCAA